AUGAAGGAAAAGCUCAAUUCAAAGCUUAAUGAUGCCAUGACAAAGUUCCCUGAAAAGGAAAGUUUUAGAAUUUUCAAAGAAAAGAUGACAAAUAUGAUUGUUGAAGAAAAAACUGAAAGCACAACACCUUUUAAUUUUCCAAUUAAUGAAACUGGACUUGAAGGAUUCGAUUUGACACCAAUAAUGGGUCAAAAAACAAAUGAUCAAACAGAAAAUGAAGAUAAAGAAGGAAAUGGUGAAGAAGACAGUGAUAAUGAUGCAAGUCAACCAGAAGUAGAUUAUUUGCUUGAUUCAAAUGAAGCAGAUAAUGAAGGAAUAAAGAAUGAUGCAGAUAAGAAUAAAAAAAAGGUGAAAUUGGAUCAAGAAGAUGAAAUAUGGAAUCACCCUGAAAUGAAAACUAUUUUCGAUAAUAUUGAUAUAGGGUCACCAAUGAGUAUAGGUAAAACUAAUACUCUUGCAGAAAAGGAAAAAUCAGAAGGUGUACAUGAACAAGGAACAAAAUUUGAAAAAACAAAGGGAGAUGAUACAGGAGGAAGAGAAGCUAAUAACAAGAAAGGUGGAGGUGAAGAAAAACAAAUAGAAAUUGAAAAAGGAAAUACAGAAGAUAGAGGAAAGAAAAAGUCAGAAAAUCAAAACAAGAAAGGAGAAAAAGCUGACAAGACAAAAGGAAAUAAAGAAGAUACUCAUCCAAGCUUUAGUCUAGGUCUCAAUCAAGAUUCAGAUCAAACUUCAAGUAAAAAUUCUAAUGAAUCUUCACCAAAAAAAGCACUUACAAAGAAACAAAUCAAAGACGACCAUCAGAAGGUUGUUAUCAGAUUAGCAAAGAAAAUUUUUCUUAAUCCAAAUCCAAUCUCUGUAUCAAUUCCUACUGUAGUAGGACCAUCAAAGCAUGAUUUGGUCAACCAAGAGAGAAGAAGCUUGCUGAUGCUUUCAAAUCACCUUUCAAAUGCAUAA